AUGCGCGGAUACAUCCCCCUUCUUCUGGCUCUUUCUGCCUCUUGUACAACCGUUGCUGCGCUCCCCAAGCCCAUAAUGCAACUUCGCGAUAGUGCAAGCAAGCCCAAAUACUCAGUUGUUCCGCUGGAGCCUGGCGAUGAUGAUCCCUCCUCAGAUGGCACUGGAAGUGAAAAUGGCAAUGGCGGCAGCGGAAGUGGUGGAGGGGAUGAGAAUGGAGGUGAUGUUGUGACAGUCAUCCAAACAGUGGUUCAGACACGAAAACCCGUCACUCAGGUCAUUACGCAAACAGGAAAACCUAGCAUCGUUACGGUGCCCGGAAAGACUGUCACCAAGGCUGUUCCCACUACUGUUUCCAUCAUCAACCUGGACGAUCAGCCAGUUGUCACUCAGACAGUCACUGUUUCUCAUCCCAGCGCGUCCACAUCCAAAAAGCCGACAGCUACACAGGAACCAGAAAUUACCGAAAGUCAAGCGGUGACGACAGCUCGGGGAUCAUCCGUUUCUUUGACCUCUGCUGCUGCUCCAGGCGUGACCUCCCAGCCUCAACCCAAUCCCCAACCGCAGCCACAACCUCAGCCUGAGCCUGAGCCAGAGCCAGAACCAUCCACCAUUCGAAGCAUCGAAACACCUGCUACACCUGAGACCCAAUCUAUCAUCAUUGAAACAGUUACCGUAACUCGGACAUCUUUAACAGGCGAAAGCUGGUUGGCGACUCAAUCCCCAGAGAGCACCGUAGCUCCUUCUUUAGACUCCCCGGUGGUGUCUAUCCCACCUCAAGAAACCUUUGUUCCCAACCCUACCAGUAGCCAGGAUGAAUCCUGGUCUUCUGUCACAGCACCCUAUGAACCCCCAGUCGUGCCCACGACUCUCCUCACAUCCUGCAUCACCACCACGACUACCUCAGACUACCAACACAUCACACCUGAGUCAACCCCUUCUUCAAAGACACAUGAUGAUGGAGCAUGGCAUACUACGUACCCGGCCUGGAACGGCAAUGAUUUGGCUAUGUGA